GACAGAUGUGGGCAGUCUCUAGGGUCUAUAGCACUUAGUGCGGAUAAACAAAUAGUAACUUGGGUAAUCCGUACACCGCGCGCCAGAAAACUCGCUUCUCCAGCACAACAAGCUGAUCUUGAAACGCCGUCGUGCUCCCUGGCUCCCUUCCCCUUUGACGCGGUCACGCGACACUGCAACCCCCCCGGCCGUGUCCAGAUCUUAUGACCUAACUAGGCCCAGAAUGGCACAGCAAUCAGAUGCUUGGCCAGAGGCUAAAUGGGUCGCUGAAGGCCGCUCGUCGACACUCCAAGUCCCAUCACUUCCCGAAUCAAGCCGUCGACGAUCUGCCCCCAGCCUGCUGAAAGGCACGUUACGACACUUGCGCCGAACGAGUUCUCCGGGGUCCGUGAAGCUCUUCGGCGGCCCUAGCGACACCGCAGACACGCUCGGCCUGUGUCUGCUCCAUGAGCCUUCCGAUCCUCUCAUCGACUUCAUAUUUGUGCAUGGGCUUGGUGGAGGCUCGAGAAAGUCAUGGAGUGCGUCGCAGGAUCCCAUGACCUUCUGGCCCAAGGAAUGGCUACCCUCGGAGAAAGCCUUCAGACACGUCCGGAUCCACAGCUAUGGCUACGACUCGGAUUGGAAGAAAUCGCAACAGAGUCCCCUGACAAUUCAUGAUUUCGGCCAGGCGAUGCUGGCUGACAUGUAUAACGCGCCGACCUUGAAAAAGAACGGAGAUUCCCCAAUAGUGCUGAUCUCAUACAGCAUGGGCGGGCUGGUCGUCAAGAAGGCAUACCUCCUCGCCACCAGAGACCCCACGUACAAGGACAUUGCCUCCCGAAUUCACAGUUUGUACUUCCUCGGCACCCCACACAGAGGUGCCGACUCUACCCAGUUUGUCACGGCCUAUUUGUCCAUGUUUAUUUCUACCGGUCCCAAGGCGUUUGUCAAGGAACUUCUUCCAGGCUCAGGAACAUUACAGGCUAUCAACGAUGAAUUCCGGCAUGUCUGCGGAAAUGUGCAAAUAUGGUCCUUCUUCGAAGGCGCACCGACAUCUACGGGGCCAACCUCGAUGAUGAUAGUCGAGAGAGAAUCGGCCGUUUUAGGUCUGCCAGGUGAACAUACCCAGUACUUGCAAGCCGACCAUCGCCAUAUUUGCAAAUUUGAGACGUUGGAUGAUCCGAAUUACAAGACUCUGCUGCAUUGUUUCGGUACUACAAUCCAACAAAUCCAGCAAGACUAUCCUGCACGCCGGCUCCAGGAUCACAAAUCCCAGAUGAAAUCUAUCUCUGAUGCCCUGGAAAUUGUCCACCAGCCCGAGGUGGACCUCAUCACGAUACUGGACAGGACGCAUAAAGGUUCGUGUGAGUGGCUCACCGAACACGGCGACUUCCAGAGGUGGUUAGACUGCGAUCAGGACGCUGUACAUACACUCGCUCCGGAAACCGAAUCCCCUUCGAUUCGAGGCCGUUCCCGCUUCCUCUGGCUCAGCGGACCUCCAGGGUCGGGCAAAUCCGUGGCUUCGGGAAAUGUCGUCCAGUAUCUCCAAGCUUCCAACCUCGACUGUGCUUACUUCUUCUGCAAGAGCUCCGCGAGGGUCAGCGUUGCUCAGAUGCUCUCGUGCUUGGUUUUCCAGAUGGCCGAAUUGAACUUCGAGGUAAGGCGGACCAUCCUUCAGAUGAUACAGGAUGGCGAGUGGAUAAACAAUUUGGAUCACACUGUGAUAUGGAACAGCAUCUUUCUGGGUCGACUGUUCAAGAUCAGGUUCUCACAGCCCCAGUUUUGGGUCAUCGACGCCCUCGAUGAAUGUCCCAGCAGAGCCCUGUCGUCGCUCCUCCAGAUGUUUGCAAAGAUUGAACCAACUAUUCCUCUCAGGGUUUUUGUCACGAGCCGGCUGAAUCAGCAAAUAGAGCGAUCCUUCAGCCAGGGCGAGAUCCGAGGUUUCGAGUUGCGCACAGGAGAGGGAGGCUCAAAGCGAGACAUUGCUGCAUUUGUCAGAGCAAGAUUGGGGCAUCGGCCGAUGGACAACGACGGUGGUGAGGACGAUAUUGUUUCCGAAGUCUUGGAAAAGUCCAGUGGAAUAUUUCUCUGGGCAUCCCUCAUAAUCUCUCGCCUGGAGCAUGCUUACAGCGUGGAGGCUAUGCGGGAUGCCCUCCGCCAAGUCCCCUCCGAGAUGUCUGGCUUGUACACGGGAAUCCUGGAGGGCAUCAAGGAAUCCCCGAGUGCUGCUCUUGCACAUUGCAUUCUCAGAUGGGUCGUCAGCGCACCGCGGCCACUUUCGACCGACGAGCUGAAGGAGGCUGUCCGCGUCGACAUCGGCCAGAACCUUCGGGCUUCUGCAGAGUUCGCACACAUUUGUGGGAAUCUCGUCACUGUCGACAACAAGUCGUGUGUGCAGGUCAUGCACCACACCGUGAAGGAGUUUCUCACCUCGGCCCAGUCUGACCUAUACAUCGAGCGUUACAAGGGGCACGCACGCCUUGCGGAGAUCUGCCUACAGCAGCUCAACGGACGAACAUUCAGCCCGCCUCGAUCACGCCAUGCUCUUAUACCGGCCUCUAAUAGGGGUAAUGGCUCGGAUCUUGACGAGUACGCCUGCGCCAACUUCUCAUACCACCUCAGUCGCAGCUACCCCUCGGCUUCGGAGGUCGAUCUACUUGCCAUGGUUGCCACAUUUGUCACUUCCAACCUUCUGACGUGGAUCGAAAGGACGGCGGCAAAUGGAAAACUCGGGCAUUUUACCACUGUCAUCCAGAACCUCAAGGUCUUUGUCUCCCGUUACGUCAAGUCCACCUCGCCGCUGGAUCCUGACUAUCAGUUGGUUGAUGCCAUGAUCAACGACCUCGCGAGGCUUCUCGCUCUUUUCGGGCCCAAUCUUCUCGAGACGCCAUCGUCCAUUUACUCGGUGAUCCCCCCGCUCUGUCCCACCUCGUCCGUUUUCUACGAGAAAUUUGGGAAGCACUCUCGCCAAAAGCUCAUUUGCUCUUCCAAUAAGGAUUGGGAUGAGCGGUUGUCUUGUUUUCAGUACACGGCCUUCGCUACAGCGAUAGCAUGCAGCAAUCGCUAUCUAGCCGUCGGCUUUACAAACGGGACCAUCAAAGUCUACAGUUGCUCUACCCUCGACCUUCUUUCUGAGAUCAGUCAAGGCCAUGGCCACCCAGUCCGCCGAUUAGUGUUUGGAACGCUUUCACAAAUCCUGGUCUCCUGUAGCCCGAAGAAGAUAGUGUUAUGGGGGACAAGCCACACUGAGCGUUGGACUGCCUCGAUCGCGACGCAACCAUUGUCCAUCGGCAUGAACUCGGACGACUCCAAACUCUUCGUUCCCACCAAAGACGGUGUGGUUCGCGUUUUCCACGUCGAGGACGGCGCUGAACUGGAACCGAUUCCACUCGGCGGUGAUAGCUCCGACUCGGAUUCUGAUCGAGACGAUCAACUGCACCGAAACAUCACCCCACUCCUUGUUCGAACAAGUCCGACGCUGGACCUUACGGCCAUCACCUAUCGCAGAUCUCAUCUUACCUUGACUAAUUUCGAAGGCGACGAGAAGAUUGGGGUGUUUGAGAAGGAUGGUUGGCAGGGCAUGCAGAAGGCGCCUCAGAUUCUGGACAUGACUUUCAACCCAGUCCUGGAAUUGAAUCUCAUGGCUGUCUCAUACCAGGACGGAGAGAUAGUCACACUCGACCUAUCCACCCUAGAGCAGAAACACGUCGCUAACCUUCAUACCUCGGUGCUUGCCAGCUCACCAGACGGCAGAACGCUUGCUGCCGGCGACAAUGACGGGGUCAUUUUUCUCUUCGCGUUUGAGACGCUCCGGCUGAUGUACCGGAUCGCAUCAUUGGAAGAACGAAUACUAGGAAUCGUCUUCACCUCGAACAGUCUUCGAUUCUUCGAUAUCCGCAGAAGCGCGUGCAAUGUGUGGGAACCGUCGGUCCUGAUCCGAAAGAAUAUGGCAGACGACAGCUCCAGCGAUGCGGAGGAGCCCAACCUACCAGCCCCGGGUGUGGUGUUCACAAGAUCGUUUGAAGGCGACAGGGCUAUCACGGUCAUCACACAGGCUGGCGAUUCCAAUUUCGUCUUCUGUGGUCGUGAGGACGGGUCCAUUACAGUACACGACUGGAGUGCUGGGAAGGAAUGCCUCGAGCUGAGGCUCCACGCUCGCAUGGUAGACGUCAGCCACUUGGACUGGAACCCGCAAGCGAAUAUUCUCCUCAGCGUCGACGUGUCGGGCCGAUGCAUUGCCACUCGCUUCCGUUCGCCGCCUGCAGCACCGUGGCAGCAGCUCGAGCGCGUGGUUGACCACCGAGCCAGCAGCGCUGUAUCUCAAGCACUGAUAAGCCCAGACGGGUCCAGUUUCCUGAUCUCCUCCAAAGACGGCGAGGCUUUAUGCCAUGCCAGCGGCGCCACUACGGCCAGCCGGCACGCUUCCAGCGAUUCGCGGUGGCUUCGUCACCCCACCGACGCGUCCCGGCUACUACUCAUAGACGGAGACACGAUCCACCUCUUCCGUUGGGAAGGUCUCAAACGCGAGACUAGAGACUCGGGUGUUAAGAUAUCCCUCCCCGACGACCUAGCUGGCGCCAGUACCGCCGGCACAGCAGCAGCACCACCAAUACCUACCCUCCCAAACAAUUGGUCUUCCCGCCCAGGCUCCGACCUCCUCGCCCAAGUAGUCCGCCUCCCGAAUUCCCCCUCGCCCACCUCCGUGCUCCUGACCCUUCGUCCCUCGCACAUCGUCCCCGCAACUUCAACCACUAUCCCCACCGCGAUCCUCACCGGGCCUCUGCCCGCUUCGGACCUCCGCACCGUGGUCGGCCUCCACCGGUCCAGCCUCUUCUUCCUGGGCCGCAACGGCUGGGUGUGCUCUACAAGCACCAAAGAUGGCGCCAAGCACAACGAGGGUAGCUACACGCGGCAUUUUUUCAUCCCGCCGCUGUGGCAGACCGCCGGUGGCGGGCCGAUCGUGCGCGUCGUUUCCAAGAGCAGCGUCGUCUUUGCGUAUCGAGAUGACUUGAUCGUGUUUGAUGGGUUUUUGGGGUUUCAGCACAAGGUGUUGCUUCCUUGAUGGUGCGUCGGGCUUGGCGAGGACAGGGCUGGUUUUAGGUAUUUAGCUAGAGGUUAGAUCAAGCCAUAGAGGCUUUGCACAGAUUAUGCUGUAUGGUCUUAAACCUCAUCUACUUCUAGCCCCGUGUAGUGGAAUUAUCAUUGCUAUGGACUGUUAUAUUAUCGAUGCGUCAUUCUCUCCUGUAUGACAGAAGAGAGUAAAACGAAGGAUCAAAUUUCAUCACAACAAGAACAUUAUUGAGAACCACGACACGACAUUGUUCAAUUCGC